AUGAGAUGUGGUUGUGAGGAAGAAUUUUCCGGAGAAUAUUAUCGUUGGGUAUGCAGAUCCAUAGCUGCCGUCCCAACUUAUUCGGUUAUGCUGUCUGGCAUAUCCGAUCUGGGAUUUGACCAACCAGAGAUGAAUUCUCGAAAGCAUUGUCAGUGUAAAGUGUUGUUGCUUGAUGGUACGGAUAUGAAUAUUGUGAUUCCGAAAAAUGCUCCGGGUCGGGAACUAUACGAUCAAGUAUUUUAUGCGCUAGAUUUAGAAGAGCGAGAUUAUUUUGGUUUGCAGUUUAUGGACCACUAUCAUGUGCAGCAUUGGUUGGAUCCGGUAAAACGAAUUAAUAAGCAAGUACCAAUCGGCCCGCCUUACACAUUUCGGUUUCGAGUAAAAUUCUAUUCUUCGGAACCAAAUAAUUUGCGCGAGGAAUUAACAAGGUACCAGUUCUUUCUGCAGCUGAAACAGGAUAUUCAGACUGGAAAAUUAGAAUGUCCCAAAGAUACAGCUAUUGAACUUGCUGCCUUUGCCCUGCAGUCUGAACUUGGUGAUUAUAACCCUGUGGAACACACACUGGCUGUAAUUUCGGAAUUUAGAUUUCAUCCCGCACAGGAUGAAGAAAUGGAAAUUGCGAUUUUGGAAAAAUUCAUCACUUGUCGAGGACAGUCACCAGCUACAGCUGAAAUAAAUUAUUUGAAUAAAGCAAAAUGGAUAGAACUGUAUGGUGUUGAUAUGCAUACUGUUGAAGGAAAAGAUGGCAACUUAUACAGCUUGGGCUUAACACCUACUGGUAUGCUAGUAUUUGAUGGUGUUCAAAAGAUUGGUUUAUUUUUAUGGGAAAAAAUCCAGAAACUUGAUUUCAAAAAUCGAAAAAUCACUCUUGUCGUAGAAGAGGACGCCGAUCAGGCUAGUGGACAAGUACAACUACAUACAUUUGUGUUCAAUCUGUCAUCUCAUAAAGCUUGCAAACACUUAUGGAAAUGUGCUAUUGAACAUCACACAUUUUUCCGGCUCAAAUACCACAAGCCGCGAAUCGCUAAAACAUCGCAACUGUUCCGAUUAGGUAGCACAUUUCGGUAUAGAGGUCGAACGGAAUACGAAAAUGUACAUAAAGAUGGUGGGCGGCUUUCUCGUCGACAAUCAGCCACGUUUGAGAGACGGCCAUCUCAGCGAUACGGUCCAAGGCAGAGCCUGAUGAACAAAAGAAUACAACUUCGAAACGAUUUCAAAAAACAGAUUGGUGUUUCCGUAGGAUUACCAGUAUCAGUUCCUAUUUCCCUUGAAGGAUCGUGCAUUGCUGCAAACAGUGAUACGCCUAUGUUGAAUAGUAAUGGUAUUGCAAGCAGUGAUAAUAGAAACGCUAUUAACGUUUACGUGAAUUCAUCCGGAACCGAUACGUUAUUCGACAGGAUGACUACAGCGCAGAAUGUAAUAAGUAAUGAACAAAUUAAUGAUAUCAGAAAGCUCGAUAAAUCACCGUCUAUUUCAAGAAAGCAGUAUAGUUCAACAAAAGAUCUUGCACAUUCCAAAUUCACUCCACUACAAUUCAUAGAUGGUAUAAAGAAAUCGGAAGUUGUUGACACGAACUUAAACAUGGAUCAUGAGCUUGUGCCUGGAUGGUCAGAGUUGCCAACAUCAACAGGAUCAGUAACAGCCACAAUCCAACAACCCGCGACUAGUCAUGUUACAAGAAUCGCCAUCACUAAUAAUGGCUCUCAAGUAGGUUGUACUCUGCCACCACAUGUCUCUUUGCAGGAUGCGUCAGUCACGCAUUGCCCUAUAAACAAUAGCAAUAGUACGUCACCACUGGAACAUAUUCUGCCUGUUUCUACUGCUGCACCAAAUACUCAACAAUCGCUUAUCUCAAAAAAUGUCUCAGAAAAUAGUUCUGGAAUGAAAUCUUCCGGAUUGUCAAUUUCCAGUCCAACUAAUCCAGCAGGGAUUUGUAAGACUUCACCCAGCAAAACAUAUGCCGGAUCGCUAAUCCGUCCACCGCUUUCUUCUAUGACUAUGACAUCUUUGAACCAAACUUUCGUAGUCUCGCCAGCGAAAGAAGAUUUCCAAAAUUCCACUAUAAUCAAUGGAAAUGCUCAUCCCACUAUAACCAGCAGUUAUUCUUCCAUCCAACAUUCAUCCGUAACAAAUAGUCAAAAUGCAGUGUCGAAUACGAUUUCUGCUACACUCUUAUCCUCUGAGGGAGUUAAGACUGGUAUUUUUACGACAAAUGAUCGUAAACUGUUUAGGCAAACUGAAUACGACGUUAGGCCUGACAAAAGUAAUACAGCUUCUGCUAGCCGCCUACCGGAACUACAAUCACGUAUACCACAUUUGCGCACAACAAAAUGCUCCGGUACAACUGCAGUGAGAAAAAUAUGCAUUCCUUCUGAGUCAGCAAUGCAAACCUCGACAUUGAGCUUUGAACCUGUUGAAGCAGUUGCUGACAAGGCAUAUCGGUCUCGACUACCGGUGAGAAGUGGUCAUGCUAGUGGCAGUUCAAUGACAGCUUCUAAUACACAUGAGCCUAGGACUUCUACUUGCGAUGAGAAGAUAUCACAAAGUCGAAUACCCGUAAUGGCUAGCAGUAUACAUCGACCACAUUCUCAUACGCAAUUUACUAGCCAAAUGUAA